GCAGUCACCCAAGAAAACGUUGAUGCUGCGCGUAAGCUGAUUGAGGAAGAUCGACAUGUGACAUACCGCGAAAUUCAGGCAACUUUAGACAUUGGCAUGAGUCAAAUACAAAUAAUCUUGCAUGCACAAUUAGGUGUAAAAAAGUUGUUUUCCCGAUGGAUACCGCAUUCGCUUUGUGUAGAGCAAAAAGCGGCUCGCGUUACUUGGUGCGUCAGAACUCUCGAAAGAUUCCACACAGGAUCGUCAAAUGCUGUAUACAACAUUGUAUCAGGUGACGAAUCCUGGAUAUACGCGUACGAACCCGAAACAAUAAACCAGUCACGAGUUUGGGUGUUCGAAAAUGAGUUAAAGCCAAAAAAAUUGUUCGUUCACGAAGUGUUGCAAAAAAAAUGGUGGCCACGUUUGUCUCCGAAACCGGCCAUGUUACGACUAUUCCUCUUGAGGGACAAAGAACGGUUAAUGCAGAAUGGUAUGCUAGCAUUUGUUUGCCACAGGUCGUUUCUGAACCCCGUAAAGAGAACUGCAACUGCCGCAUCAUCCUCCAUCACGACAAUGCGAGUCCUCACACCGCACACAGAACAAAAGGGUUUUUAGAGCAAGAAAACAUAGAAUUAUUAGACCAUCCGCCGUACAGCCCCGACCUAAGCCAUAAUGAUUUCUAUACUUUCCCUAAAAUAAAGAAUAAAUUGCGUGGACAGAGAUUUUCAUCACCUGAAGAAGCUGUGGACGCCUACAAAACGGCCAUUUUGGAGACCCCAACUUCCGAAUGGAAUGGUUGCUUCAAUGAUUGGUUCCAUCGAAUGGAAAAAUGUGUCAAAUUUCGCGGAGAAUACUUCGAAAAAACAAUAAAUACAUUUUUAAAUAGUAAUGUUGUGUCACUUCCUUGAUUCCCGAAAUUAUCAGUGCCGCCCUCGUAGAGCAGAAAAGUCGUCACAACCAACAGACUAAUUAACAACGUACUUCUUUGUUUCUGGCUUGUGUAUUAAGUCUGCUGUCCCUAGCCAACCAACCCUAGCUAACCAUUAGGUGUACAUGUCAUGCCACCUUGUAGACUAUUAGAGUGACAAUUUACAUUUAGCUUUCUUUGAUUAGAAUUGGGUGCAGGUAUUCAUAAUGUAUGUAAUAUCUCUACCAAGAUAUUCUUCUGAUAUGUUUUGUAUAGUUAAUUGGGUAACAUAAUACACGAUUGUAAACUAUUAAUUUUUUCAAAUAAUAAUGUCCCACUAGAUUUCUUAGUGAUUCUUAACAGGACGAAGUGGUAAAUUAAACAUAAGAAUGACUUUCAAUAAGUAUUAUUUAUACGAGUACGUGGUAGAGCCACGCUGCAGAUAUAGCUAUAUAGCAAUGAUGCUGUGUUUGUAUAGUGAGUGUAGAGAACCGGAGACCUUUUUUACUGGAAACGGGACAUUCCAUCAUAGUCCUCACGGGUGACAACGCAUCUCCGUUUUGAUUCUUAAUAGAGUAUAAAUGAAGAUUUUAUGGGCUACAGCCCCCAGGUAGACUGUGGGCACGUUUAUCACCUUUAUAAUAUCUACAAAAUCUUUAUUGAAUUUAAAAAAAAAUCUAUUUCUAUAUAACCUAUCCAGAGAACUGAUUGACGAAAAAGGAUCUCUACCACUUAGUUGUUAGGUUAUUAUAUUACGUGUAUGUUUUGUUUGUAUGUGUAGGUCUGUCGCACGCGACGGAGGCGGACAUGGCGGCGGUGCGGCACGUGUGCGAGUGCGUGUCGCGGCGCGCGGCGCACCUCGUGUCGGCCGGCAUCGCGACGCUUCUCAACAAGAUGGGCGAACCGCGCGUCACUGUCGGCAUCGACGGCUCCGUUUACCGUUUCCAUCCGCACUUCCACGCGCUCAUGUGCGAAAAGAUCGCGCAGCUCGUGAAACCCGGCAUACAGUUCGACUUGAUGCUUUCGGAAGACGGUAGUGGUCGUGGUGCGGCGCUAGUAGCCGCCGUCGCUUGUCGCCAGAGUCAUAACGUCGCGUAACCGAACCACUGCCCAUUGCCCAGUGCUAGCCUUCACAUGCCGAGCCCCACGCCCAUUGGUACCGCACCGCGUCUACGAGCAACACACGGCUACCUGAUUUAUUAAACAAUAUCUCCGUAUUUUUCAAAUCCCCUCAAGUUAUAAGUUAAUCUUAAAGUGGGCUCUUAAGCUUUUAGUUUUAAAAGCACUUCAACCGCUUAUUGGAAUAACUUAAUUUUAUAUAAUUUCAAGACUUGUGAUGAGAUUACACUUCUCAAAAUCUCACUUAAAAACGGAGUAUCACGGUCAGGUGUUUAUGUCGCAAUGUAAACAGAAAUAAUCAUCUACGUUAGCAGCACUUUUAUGAAUGAUUUACAUUUUUUAUAACUUCAAUUACACUUUGUCUACCAAAAUUCUUAACAUUUGUCACGAAGUGUAAUUAGACUUAAUAUCUAUAUUGUUUUAUAAGCGAAUAUUUUUUAUCAUUCAUAAUUGCCGGUUGCCACAGAUUUAGCAAUUACAAAAUCGGUAUUUUGGGCACUAAAUUUACCUUCAACGUGUGGACCUUAACAAUAGACAAUGAGGUUUUAAAUGUUAGGCAUAUUGUAUAAAAAAUUUAUGUUUUAAAUGUAUUAUAAUGGGCUUAGUUCAAGCGUCUCGAUAGAAACGCAAGUCAAUCUCCUUUUCCCCGGAGCGUAUUGUUACAAAUGAAUUAGUAAGAUAGUAGCUAUUAGUUAGAUUUUUUUUAUGUUAGCUGUGUGCUUGGUUUGCUCUCUGUAAGGAAGGAAGUAACAGUAUUCAGAAAGAUUAACUGGUUGCAGUCAAAGUGAGCAGUCGUAUUCAAAUGAAAGUGAAAAUACAUUUACUUAAUCAUUGCAUAGAUAUACAGCCGCUGUGAAUUCUUUGUCUUGUGUGACAAAUCAAAGAUUUUCCACUUUAAUAUGCUACUAUUGCAAUAAGUUAUUGUACAUGAAAACAGUAUACUUACUUAAAGCAACAUUUAUAUUAAUUAUUUUUCUUGAUAAUACGACUUAGCCGAGCUUAAUAGGAUUGAAUCAAAUAAUAAAAUCCCAUAUUACAGUUGUCUUUUGCUAAAUUUAUAAAAGUUUAUUUUAAUCUAUAAAUAAUUACGAUUCAUAUUUACAUAUCGUGUACCGGUAUUUAUAUAUAUAUAUAUAUAUUAGUAGGUACCAAUAUGCUAAAACCAAACUGGUAACCGUUUAGCAGUUGGACCUUAAUCUUUAUUAUUUACUUAUUGGCGGAUGCGUACUAUUUAAGAUCGAGGGUUCGUGCGUACUUAUUAAAUUAUGAUCUUAGCUUAGUCUAGUCACAAAUGUUAAAUAUCGGUUACUUAACACAAUAUCGUUUGUCUGUGCUACAAUUUGAUUAUUAUUAAGUAUAAAUACUGCAGAAAUAAAACUGUUUGGACACAUAAUUAAUUAGGUGAGACAGUUUUCUUUUUUUUUUUUGCUUUGUUUAAAUCAAAAAACAAUAUUAUUUUAGGUAAAAUCAAUACUUGUACAAUUAAUAAAUGGAAUUUAUCUUCAUUUUUCAAUCAGAGCUUUGUGCCUCGCCUAAAUCUUGAUGUGUAUAUACUUUUUAAUCAACAUGGUAUACUUUAUACUAGCGGUUUUCUUUUUUGAAUUAGUAUCACAAGACUGAUUUUUGAAAGAUUGUAUUGUAUAUUAACUCGAUAUACUGAACAUAAAUUGAUCUUAUUGUCAGUCUGUUUAAAAGUUUAACCACGCGGCAUUUGCUCGUAAUUAUCCACGCCAGCACGCAGCACUUUUGCCAAACUAUUCGUUUUCAGUGACUAAUAAUUUGUUAUAUUAUUUUAGUUUUACUACGUUAUAAUGAAUUAUGUGUAAUAAAAAGAAAGAAAAACUAUGCAAAAGAUAAUUAAUAUAAAUAUCAGUAAAAUCAUUUUGAAAUACAAUGAAAAAUGUUAUAUGUAAUUACAAUUAUUUUAUUUAUUUAUAGAGGUAAUUUACACGUCUAUACGAAUGUUAUUAUUUCCAAGACCGAAAUUAUAUACCCUAUGUACAAAUAAAAUACGUUUAACUCUUUACACCUACAUCACACUAGACAAGUUUGUACCGAUAGCGAUACACGUAAGAAUCUCAGCAAUGCUGUUAUUAUUCCUUUGCGUGAGUUAUGUUCGAGUAUGGAUUCAUUAGCUUCAUUAAUUUGAUCAUUCCAUGUAAGGAUCAUUAAUUCGCAAUACACUAAUUGUACAUGUUUAAUUGUUUCGAUAUCUAUGUAAAUUAUAAACAUUAUUAUAAUUUCGAUUAUCAGGAUUCUGUAAAAUAAUUGUUAGUUAUAUGUAUUAAAUAUGUUUCGUUAUCGACUUGUUUGCAACAAGAGUGAUCGAAUUGAAUUUAGGAGACUUAAAGUGGGUGUUUUUAAUGUUUCACUGUGAUAGAACUAGGACUUACUGUAGCGUUGUUUACGUUUUGGUUUCAUUGUUUAUUUAAUGACGUAAAACUUAAUUGCAGUAUAUUUUCUUUAUAAAUGAUAAUUUUUGAAACUAAACUACCAACGAAAACUACUUCGUGAAAAUACCGGUAGUAAAAAAAAAUUAUCAAAUGAAAGCUAGUAGAUUGCCUCAACAUAGAAUUUAGCUGUACAUCAAUCAAUAUCAAACUCAUAAUAGUUCCUAGUUAUAAAUAGGUGCAUUUUAUUAUAAGUAACGCGUAUUUCAUAGUUUUGUUGUUGCAUUCUAUGUAACAGAUAGUUUGUGUUUUUAUAGUAAGUUUAUGGUGUUAUUUUUUGUCUAAGGAAUAGUUUCUACUUAAUUUAUAUAACGGAUUAACACCAUCGCGAACCGUGAGACCAAUUUUACAAUAACGUUUUCGAAAUUAAAGUUACAUACAGCACAACAUGCAAAGACAACCCAAAAAUUUAAAGCAUAUUUGCAUCGACACAGUAUCUGUGUAAAUAUUGUAAGAACACUAUGGAACAUUAACUGACGAUAUAUUAACAAAAAUCCUAUGUAUUUAUAUAAUUAGUAAUGUCGCACCUCGAGCAUUGUGGGUAUAGACUUAGCGUCAGUUAUUUGUAAAAUAUCGUCACAUACAAUACUCUAAACCACAAUUUGC